AUGGUUCGCUGGUUGCUCCUCUUCGUCGCCUGGCCCGCCGAAGGAGGAUCUUACAACGACUACAUCGACAGGAUCGAAAAACGAACUUCCGAUGCCAUUGCCUUACACCGCUCUGGAGAGACGGCAAAGGCUCUUCGGACGUUGAACGAGGUCCGGGACAGUUUCCAUUCGGCGGUGAAGCUGGACUCGAAGAAGCCAGAUGCGUACGUCACCUUCGCGCAGUCAAUGCUAAGCUGCAAUCAGCUGGAGGUCCCCAUGGCAAUGCAACUUGAAGUCAAGCAGGAGAAGCGCAAGCGUGAACGGAAGGGGCGCAGACGGGAGGCUGCAGUUGAUGGAAGUGUUGUACCGGUGGUUGACGAUGAAGACGAUGACUCUGAUCUUGAUAGCCCCUCUAAACGUCCUCUUCAUGGAGACGCACCGCUCAGCGCCCACGAGAUACGAGAACUAUUGUUUGGCCAUGUCAACGAGAUGAAGGAUGCUUGGCGUUCAUUCCAAGGACGACUUGAUCGUGUCGAGGCAGAACAACUCCAACACGGCCAUGAAAUGAUCAACCUUCGGACCAGGACCCACGCGCUUGAAAGGAGUUCGUCGAGCAUGGGUCGUCAGCAGGAGAAGACCACCAAGUGCCUCGAGGACCUCACCGAAGACGUCAAGAAGAUGAAAGUUCAGAUUGACGACCUUCAGAAGAAACCUCCGCCACUGAUCCCCGUAAGCGAUGGGCUACCACAACAUGGAGCUUCACGUCCCGCUGUUGUUCCAGGACAUGCUGACCCUUGGGCUGAGUACCUUCGACACAAAGGAGGUAAGGAUGCGGAUGCAGGUGGGGCCAUUCCUCGGGGUGACCUUCAAGGUGAUCGUGCCGGCGAUUCUCUCUCGGAAGACGAAAAAAGGACACUCGUGGUUGGUGGCUGGGCACGCGACACAAAAAGGGCGAUCAUUGAAGCAGAAAGUGGGGUGUUGUUCAACUUGGAGGGCAUCAAGGAGCUGAUCGAUGUGGAGAAGCUUGCAAUCUAUGGUCCCCGCAGAUCCGUUGGCAUGCUCAAGUUCCAGCAGCGAGAGGGUGAAUCCUUUACGGAAGUCAAGAAUCGAAUGUGGGGUGUCAUUAAACUUGUUGCGAACAGUAAAUUUGAGCUGGCCAGUACAAAGGAAAUGGGCGAGCCGAAGAACAUGUGGGCGAGCUUUGUGAAAACCAAAGCGGCACCCAAGGACGGUGAGUUCGUGCUCCUCUCCUCAGGCUGGGUCGCCCUUGAAGCCGUUGCGGAAAUCACAGGCUGUACUGUUGAUGAAGCAAAGUCUGCUUUUGAGAAGGAGCUGGAUGUUUUCUCUAAGAGAUGCACCGGCAUGGACGGAAAGGACUCAUCGUGUGCAAUACAUCGUUGGGGACGUGUCUGUUGCUGGAACCUUGGUGGCCAGUCCUUAAAGAUGCUGGAUGUUGCGGUGGCGGAUGCUGAUGUUCUACUUGUACAGGAAGUUUCUCGAGGCAAAGAAGGCUGGGAUGGCAUGGAAACUGAUGAAUAUCAUUGGAUAGUCCAUCGCCAUCGAGACCAGUGGAGAGGUACCGCGGUUGGAAUCGCCAAAGAUCGGUUCGACUGUGUCAUUCGGAAAGUCGCUUCUUCUCGAGGAGUGUGGAUUCUCGCCAGAGUACAUGGACUUGGAAGAAUCGUCUGCGGGUCUAUCCAUUGCUUCACGGGGGUCACCAACUCCCGCUACCAGUCUGCUGUGGGGGAAUUCUUUGCACUUCUUCCUGCUGAGUGGCGGAAAUACCCGCUGGUCUGUGGUGUUGAUGCCAAUGAAGAGUUGUGCUGGGCUGAACAUGAAAGGUCUGAAGAGCUUGAGAUUGGGCAUUGUUCGGAGAACUUAAACGUACUCCUUGAUGAGGCUGGCAAACGAGGUUGUUUCGCUAUUGCUCCUGUCAAGUCCCAGAAGAAUACUCCCACUCACUACCCUCGGGAUGAAACUCGUGAAGGUCGCCAGAUUGAUCUCUUCCUGGGCAAAGACCUUAGACUUGGCACAGUGCACAUUGACCCUGAGCGGAGAUACACGAUCAACUCCGAUCAUGCUCUCCUCCAUACUGAAAUUACCGUGUGUGCAGCAACUCCCGAUAAACAAUGGGGAAAUGAUUCCAGAGCACGUUGGGUCCACCAUGAACUUCCGGAUGUCACGAUUGUUGAUGAUGCUGAUGUUGCUGAACUUGCCAGAAAGUACACCAAACCGAGGGCCUCGCAACGUUAUCGUGACAGUGAUGAGACGAAGCGUGCAAUCAAGGAUGCCAGAGUCUCCAACUCGAAGGCAUGCUGGAAGCAAGUUCAUCGUCUUCGUCGUCGAGAUCGCCAUGCUUGGGAGGAACGAAGAUUGUCGCGCAUCUUGUUAGGCGGGUGGGAUGAAUUUCGAGUCCUACAAAAUGAGAAGAAGAAGCGCCGUGGAUGGUGGGGUGGCAUGCUCGAUGGGAAAUCUUCUGCCGCUGUCACGGAGGAAGUCCAGGCGCAUCUCUCUGAAAAGAUGGUCUGUCCGGAGUUGGAGGAUUGGGAUGUAGACUUGGAUCAUCUCAUCUGUGAUCUGCCGUCUAGGGACGACUUUGUCGGGUUUACUCUUCAGGAUGUCCGCACUGAACUUCAGCAAAUGAAGUGUCGAAGUGCUGUUGGGCCAGAUGGCAUCAGUGUACACCUGCUGAGGGAGAUGUCUACCCACGAGACCCUGGGUGAGCAACUGCUGCAUCUCAUCAACCACAUUGUGGAGACUCAGGAAACGCCUGAAAUCUGGAAUGUCAGUUUCCUCGCUUUAUUGGCCAAGUGUGCACAUCCAUUGAAACCAAAUGAUCUGAGGCCGAUCUGCGUCAGCUCAGCCUUCAACAAACUGGUCAACCGCCUGGUUUGUGCUCGCACUCUUCCUUUGCUUAGACGUGGGUCCAAGAUUUCUGCGUGCGGGAGAGGUCGCCAAGCAGCCGAUCUCAUAGGUGGCAUGUCUCGCAUCCGGGAUGUUAUCCAUGAAUGGCGAAUGCCCGCAUUGGUCUGCAAAUUGGACGUCGCAGGCGCCUUUGAUAGAGUUGAUCGACGCAAGAUGGCCAGUCUCUUGAUAGAUCGCCUCCGGAACAAGGGGAGAAGUUCUGAACUACGCUAUCUCCUUGGUCAGCUUCAUUCUCAUUGUCUUGAAGGACGUGUCCCUGGAGGUGGCCGUGUACGUCUUCAUCCCAAUACCGGCAUUAAACAGGGUGCUCCGGAGAGCGCCGAAUUGUUUGGCAUCCUGAUUGACUCCAUGCUCUCCGACUUGGUGGAAUGCGCGUCUUGGAAGAAAUUGGGUGGACUGGCUGAAGACUUUGAUGUGGACUUGCUCUUCUACCAGGAUGACAUCUUCUUGGUUGACUGUCAGCUUGGCAGACUCGUACGACGCAUCCGAGUUGUGGAUCGCUGUCUCGCUCAGGCGGGUCUCAAACUUGCCACCAGCAAAACCAAGAUCAUUGCCAGUCGCAACUAUGUUGGACCCCGACGGGCCGAAGUUGGUGGUGAAUCCUUUUCUGUCUCUGGCCGCCUUGAAUCAAUCAAGGUAUUAGGGGUGAGCUUCAAUUUCUUUGAGAGCCCCUCGCAGCAGGCACAAGAAAUGUUAGGGCGAGCACGUGCAGCUGUUGCCUCCCAUGCUGACAUUCUUUGCGCUUCUGGACCCUGGAUGAAAAAGGUUGAUCUCCUUCGCAGUCUCGUUGAGGGAACCUGGAGCUGGACGGCAGGGGCGCUUCACUGGAGUGCACAAGACUUGAUGGCUGCCAACACUCUUCAACUUCACACUCUCAGAAGAAUGUUUGCAUUGAAACGCCUACGACACGAAGACUGGGUGAGCUGGAACCAGAGGAUUGAGAAGUGUUACAUCAAGGCUGUCAUUCUUCGGCUCCUCUCUGAUUGCAAGCACUCCGCUGGUGUUUCUUGGCUCCAGGUGACACGCUGUCGCAACCCUCGGCAUUGUCGCUCUCCUCGCCUACCUCGCCGUGUGAUGGCUCCUUGCUUGCUGUGGCGAGCGCUCCCUUGCUUUCUCCUCUUCUGGGACGGCAAUGCUUGGGAUGAGGAAAAUGAGACUUGUGGAGCCCACCCCGAAACCGGUGCAGCCAGCUCUUCGUCCUUGACUCCUUCGCAGGUGACAUCGACACCCUUUUGCUCGCAGCCCUGGACUUACAACCAAUACGUGCAAUUCAUGGCAGCAGCCUGGGAUGAGGAGAUCUCCGUGGCCGUCCAAAUGGAAGACUUUGACAAUCUGGGACAUGGAGAUGCACAACCACAAAUGGUGUUACUUGAGUCGCCACUGCCAGAGUCUGUGCCCACGCCCUUUCUGCCUGGCAAUGGGGUGAGCACACAAUCAAAUGACGAGGGAACAUGGCACUACUUUGUCCUCUCCGUCUUCUUCCUCGGCACCAUGGACGAGUUGGACGAGUUCGAGCCCCACAGCCUGGGGCGACCCUUCUUCGUGUGCUUCGUCUUCUUCCUCGACGCCUUGGAUGAGCCGGAUCCGUCCAUGCUCUACUACCUGGGGCGACACUUCUUCGCGUGCGAACAUGACCUCCGGGACACCCUGUUCGAAUCGUAUCAGCACGACCCCUUCGGCAAGUUUGCCUAG